AUGGACCAACAACAGGCGAAAGCAGGCAAACGGAGCAAAAAGGAACUCGAUCGACUCACUUCACAGGUCGAUCGAUCCUAUGCGAUGACCAGCAGUCGAUCUGUUCCAUACAAGAAGAGGAGGAUCGAUCGAGCUCAUACAAGAAGAGGAGAUCGAUCUUGCUUAUACACGAGAGGUGAAUCGAUCGAUCCCAUUGUACGACGUGCAACUCGAUCGAUCCCAUGCAUGCAUGCGUCGUCUAAUCUCAGCCGUUCGAUCCGUCCCGCUCAGAUGCACAUCCAUUUGAUCGACUUCGUGCUAACCGAUUCGAUCGAACCGUGGCAAACCGGAUUGAACCGAGCUCGACCCGGAGCUAUUUAG